AUGGCACAAAAGCGUAAUGGGUCAUUUAUUGGAACAAAUAAAAAUGAAAAUGACAGCCAAUAUGUUCAAACAACCACAACAACACGUCGCCCCUACAUUUUGGCCUACAAUCCCUUCUAUUACAAUUUGAACCAUAAUUACGACUUGUCUAAAAGUGAUGAAAGUGAUGAAGAAACUUCUUCUGAUGAAGAUGACGAUGUUAAUGCAAGUGAAGAGGAACAAGUCAGCGGAGAAGAGUCCUUCAGUCAAGAAUCGGAAAGUCAAUAUGAAAGCAGUGUCGAAGUAACACAACCACCCUUAAAAAAGCCGAAUACACCCACAAGACGACCAAAUCGUCCAAAUUUCAGCACGAGGCGUCCAAAUUAUGGCCAAAACGAUAAAUAUGACAAUUUCAACACACAUCGGCCUUCUGCAAGUUCAGACUUUGACACCAUAAAUUUAAGCACAAGUUUCAAUCCGUACCAGCAAAAACCAAACAAGCACCAAUACCACAAUAUAAAUUACCACAACAGUCAAGAAUCGGAUUUCGAGUCCAUUCAAGACUUCCAGAAUAAUCGGAGACCUCAAAAUAGACCACAAAAUUGGAACCAUCAGAAUAACGACUGGGCUCACCAAAGUUCUAAUAACAAGCCGCAGAAUUCUAGACCUCAAAAUCCAAGACCACAAAAUCCAAGACCUCAAAAUCCAACAACAAGUUCUAAGCCGGCAACAACAUCAUCGGAAAGUAGUGAAGAACAAGAUGACUCUAAUAUUUUGAACAAAUGGAAAGCAUGGUCGAAACUGUGA